AUGGAGAACGAAGGGCAAUCGUACACGCUAGAUGAAGGUCUGGCGUCGGUUGGGUUCGGGAAAUUCCAAAUCCUGGUGCUUUUCUAUGCUGGGUUUGGUUGGUUUGCCGAGGCAAUGGAGAUCAUGAUCUUGUCCUUCGUUGGUCCUGCGGUGAAGUUGGAGUGGGGACUCUCUGCUAACCAGGAGAGCCUGCUGACUACUGUUGUGUUUGCUGGUAUGCUGAUUGGAGCUUACACAUGGGGGAUUAUCUCAGAUAAAUGUGGUAGAAGGAAAGGAUUUUUUAGCAUAACAAUGAUAACUAGUGGAGCUGGGUUGAUAAGUUCUUUCUCUCCAAACUAUCUAUCAUUGGUGAUUCUUCGUGGUUUGGUCGGUUUUGGCCUUGGAGGUGGACAUGUGUUCUUGUCCUGGUUUCUUGAGUUUGUUCCUGCUUCACAUAGAGGCAUGUGGAUGGUUGUCUUCACGACAUUCUGGACCGUUGGAACUGUGUUUGAAGCUUUGCUUGCUUGGGCCGUGCUUCCAAACCUAGACUGGAGGUGGCUGCUUGGAUUUUCUGUGAUACCAUCUUUCUGUCUACUGCUCCUCUAUGGGAUUGCACCAGAAUCUCCUCGGUUUCUAUGCCUAAAGGGAAGAACAAUAGAGGCACGCCACAUUCUUGAAAAGAUGUCUUUGCUAAACCGCACAAAACUGCCACCUGGCACGCUUGUCACCAAUGGUCGGAUUGAAGUGGAUGAAGAAUCCGCUCCUUCAGAGCACCAACCACUGCUCUCUGCUGCUAAGAAACAGAUGAAGGAAUUCAAGUCGAGCUUCUCAUCAUUCUUCAUGCUUUUCUCUCCAAAGCUGUUCAGGACAACAAUACUCCUUUGGAUAAUUUUCUUUGGAAACACAUUUGCCUAUUAUGGGAUCAUAUUGCUGACUUCUGAGCUAAGUCAUGGAGAAGGCAAGUGCGGGAUGAGUCUCUUGCACUCAGAAGGACAGAUCGAUGAUGGUAACAGCCUGUACAUAGAUGUUCUCAUCACUAGCUUUGCUGAACUUCCAGGGCUUCUUUUGUCCGCACUCAUUGUUGAUCGAUUUGGCCGCAAGAUUUCCAUGGCGGUCAUGUUCUUCAUGGCGUGGCUGUUCCUGAUACCAUUGGUAAGCCAGCAAGCUCCUUUGGUCACAACAGGGUUGUUGUUUGGAGCUCGAAUGUGUGCACUUGGAUCCUUCACUGUUGCUUGUGUCUAUGCACCAGAGUUGUAUCCAACAUCUGUAAGGGCAACUGGAGCGGGAGCGUCGAAUGCAGUGGGAAGAAUAGGAGGGAUGUUGUGCCCACUUGUGGCAGUUGCACUGGUCACAAGUUGUCAUCUAAAGGAAGCCAUUAUUCUGUUUGAGAUAGUAAUUGCAAUAUCAGUGGGUUGCAUUAUCUUCUUCCCAUUUGACACAACUGGGAAGGAACUUAGUGACAAUGUUGUAGCAGUAGGGUCAGAUCCUAAAAAGGAUAUUCAAGAUGAAACUUAG